GCGUCAGCUUCCGGGAAAGGCCGCGAUGCCUGUGAUCUAUGCGCUCGUGGCGCGGGCCCAGAACGUCUUGGCCGAGUGCACGGAAGGGACGGGCAACUUUAUCACGUACUCGCGGGCGAUCCUUCGGGACGUCGACGACCACAAGUACCCGCCCGAGACGCGCAACUCGGUCGCGGUCGACGGCCAUGUCUUCUACUACUACCUCAGCGAGAGCCUCAUUUACGUCUGCAUGUGCGACGAGCGCUUCCAGAGCAGCGUCGCGUAUGCGCUUUUGACGGAAAUCAAGCACGAGUUCUUAUCCACGUAUGGCAACAAGGGCAAGACCGCCAACGCGUACGCGAUGAAGGGCUUUGAGUCGCACUUGAAAGGGCUCAUGACCAAGUAUGACAACGUCAAGAUCGAUACCAAGCUCACUCAGGUGCGCGACCAAGUCAAGCACGUCAAGAAUCAAAUGCUCGACAAUCUGCACCAGAUCAUGGCGCGCGGCGACAAGCUCGAGGUCCUCGUGAGCAAGACAGAGAAGCUCCAGCAAGACGCGCUUGCGUACGAGGGCGAGGUCAAAGCGUUGCAUCGACUCUUUUGGCUCAAGAACCUCAAGGCAACGCUCAUGCUAAUCUUCCUUGUCGCGAUCCUCAUGUGGCUCGUGUCGUCGUGGAUAUGCGGCUUUGACUUUUCCAAGUGCAGCAGCGCCAACAUUGAAAAGCAGUUCGACACGCAGGCAGCCAAGAUCAACCUGCCCUUUACCAGUGCCCCUGCUACCAGUGCCCCUGCUACCAGUGCCCCAGCUGCCAGUGCCUCGUAG